GUCCCCCCACUGUGGGCGGUUCUGGCCUUCUGCCUGAUCCUGGCCUCCACCACCACAGACGCGGCCAUCAAGAAGACGCGAAAACGAGUAGUGUGCUACUACGCCAACUGGUCGGUGUACCGUCUGGGCCUGGCCAAGUAUGUACCGGCCAACAUCAACCCCUACCUGUGCACGCACCUGGUGUACGCCUUCGGCGGGUUCGACGACGACUUCCAGCUGCAGCCGUUCGACAAGUACCAGGACAUCGAGAAAGGAGGAUACGCGCGCUUCAACGGCCUGAAGCAGUACAACAAGGGCCUGCGCACGCUGCUGGCGCUUGGAGGAUGGAAUGAGGGCUCGGGCAGGUUCUCCGAGAUGGUCGCCGACCCUGACUACAGAAGCACGUUCACACUGAGUGUGAUUCGCUACUUGCGUCAGUACAACUUCGACGGUCUGGACCUGGACUGGGAGUACCCGGGGUCACGGGCCGGCAGCGACUUCACCGACAAGGAGAACUAUGCCACCCUCUGCGAGGAGCUGCGGACGGCGUUCGAGGCCGAGUCCCUGCAGACGAAUCGUCCCCGCCUGCUGCUGACCGUGGCCGUGCCUGCCGGUAUCUCCAACAUCGAGAAGGGCUUUGACGUGCCUCGACUCAACGCUGUGGUGGACUUCUUCAACAUCCUGGCGUACGACUACCACGCCUCGACCGAGGCUCUGACGGAUCACCACGCACCACUCUUGGCCGCCCCGGGCACCUCCGAGUUCGACUACCGCAGCGAGCUGAACGUGGACUACACGGUGCGGUUCUACCUGAAGUCGGGGGCCGAUCGGCGCAAGCUUGUGGUGGGCAUCCCCACCUACGGCAGGUCCUACACCCUGCUGGACGAGAACUUCAGCGGUCUGCAGGCGGCCGCCGAGAAGGCCGGCACCAAGGGCAAGAGCACCAAGGAGGACGGCUACCUCAGCUUCUACGAGAUCUGUGAGCACGUGGCGGUGGAUGAGUGGAAGGUGUUCCGGCCCUACCCCGACGCCAUGGGCCCGUACGCCACCAGCGGCAAGCAGUGGGUUGGCUACGACGACGAGUUCAUCGCCAGGAAGAAGGCAGAAUAUGUGCGUGACAACCGUCUGGGCGGCAUCAUGUUCUGGUCGAUCGACAACGACGACUUCCGCGGCCGCUGCUCUGGCAAGCCGUACCCCCUCAUCGAGGCGGCUAAGGAGGCGUUCCUAGCCCCGGCUCCAGGGGACCUGCCGAAGCAAGCGAAGGGACCGACGCCACCCCCGCCGGCGACGCCGGACCCCGGAGCAGGCUUCAACUGCAAGCGGGAGGGCUUCUUCGCCCACCCGGAGGAGUGUAACAAGUACUUCUGGUGUCUGGCCGGCGGCCCCCUUGGCAUCGUGCCGCACAGCUUCACCUGCCCGUCCGGCCUGCUCUUCAACAGGCAGACCGACUCCUGUGACUUCCCCAGGAACGUCAAGUGCAAGAUCGUGGCUAAAGAGGUCCAGUCGAUCACGUUCCCGCCGACCAAGGAGCCGACCGUGCUGCCGGCGGAGCCGGAGGGCAACAUCGGCGAGGUCACGCCCGAUCCGUUCGAGCAGUUCUACGAGGACUACGACACGGCUGACCUGCCACCGCUCGACCUUGACCUGCCGGCUCGGCCGAAGAGGCCGGACACGAGCAUAAGCGCCGCCGAGAAGAGACCCGAACCGGAGGUUCUCGGCGGCUCCCGAGGCGCAGGCGCGGCCAGCAGACCGAAGCCGUCGCCGCCUGCCGAAGCGGACGAGUCGGACCCAGAGGAGCUUAAGCAGCUGCUGGCGCUCAUUCAACAGCUCGGCGGCCUGGACGCCGUGCAGAAGCUGCUAGACGGGGGCGGGGCUGACGCGGUGGGCCCAGGGCUGCUGUCGGCGAAGGACCGCCAGACGCUGGUUAAGGUUAUCGGUGGUCAGACCACCACCACCGCCCGGCCACGCUACUCUGCGAUCGCCCGCGAGCAGCCCACCGAUGGGACAACGCCCGGACCGUCGUCCGCAGACGAGGCGGAGGCUGAGCCUGAGAACAGCCGCCCCCGACUGUCCCUGUUGCGCCGCCCGCGGCCAGAGGUCACGCAAGACGGACCCGAGGGCACUGGGUCAGAGGCCGUCAGCAACACCCGCCGUCGGCCCCAGUACAGCAGCAUCCAGCGGAACAGGCAACCGCAGACAACGCCAGCUGACGACAGUGGCGAUGUGACGUCAUCCGGCAAGGGGCGGCGGCAGUACGUCACGCUGCGGCGUGGGCGGCCCUCGGCGACGGCUGAUGAGGACGGGCAGACCGCGGACGCUGACUUCGGCGGCAGAAGAUAUGUCACGCUCAAUCGGUCUCGUCCGACGCCUCCCACCAAACCGGAGCCUGACUCCGAGGACCAGUCUGAUCCGACAGGGAGCCCCUCGGAGGUCAGCACGGGACCUGACGGCGUGGGUCUGCCCGAGCAGAACGAGGCCUCGGCCGGCGCCGGGCGCGACUCCCCUAACGCCGCUAGCGAGGCCUCCAGCAAAUUAACCAAUGACCCAGCUGGGUUCGAGUCGCUGCUUGACCUUACAGACGAGGCUGCCAACAGCCUGGAACCCGAACCCAAACGCCGGGUCCGCAUUCGUCUGCGCCGACCGUUUGACCGCUCUUCAGCGGGCCCCACGGAAGAACCUACGGAGCGACCGACAGAAGAACCCACCGAAGGACCCGAGGAAGAGCUGACCGCGUCCGAAGCAGGACAAGAUAGGCCCUCGCGUCGGCAGGAUGAGCGGAAGAUCCGCGUGAUCCGUCUGAAGCGUCCGCGCGACCGUGGUGGGUCGGACCGCAGCUCAGGCGAGUCCGAGAGCUCCCCCACACCCCCGCCGGAGCUGCGCGACAACGAGGUCACAAUUGACAACCUGGAGCAGACCAGCGAGGCCGAGCCUGCCGGGUAUGGAGUCCUCACCACAGUCCGCACGCCGCUGUUUGAGUCAGCCCUGCAGGGGGCGCGCGAGGGGGAGCCCACGGCCGCGCCCAAACAAGCCGUGGACGCCAUCGAGACCGACCGGCGAAGAAUCGAGUCGAGCGUCAGGACGUCGGCGCUGUUCGACAACGAUCUGCCUCAGGCGGUGAGCGCGCGCGGGCCGGCGGCGACUGGCCGUCGCGCCCCGCUACGCCGUGGAGGGUCCGACUUCAGACUGAGGAACACGCUGAGGCGACUGGACAGCUCGCGGCGGCGGACUGGACAGGAGACCACGGAUGAGCGGCCGGAGCUCGGCGGAUCGCUGCGCAGCCGAGUCAGGAGCGGUCUGCGGCGCCAGGGCGAGGAGCCCGCUCCUGAUGAAGCGCGGGAGGCGGUCGAGGAGCCGCUGGAUGUGACCACGGAGUCGGCGCUCGAGGAGACGACGACGCAGCGCGGCCUGCGCAGGAUUGCGCUUCGGGGCCGCGACAGGCUGUCGGCGCUGCGGGGAAGAUCCAGGGACGGUGGCCGGAGACGGCUGGCCGAGCUGGUGUCGGAGUCGGCCACAGAAUCGCCCGAGUUUACUGCGGAUGCCGUCACUGAUGUGGAAGCUGAGGCGACGGAGAGUGUGCCUGAGGAGGUCACUGAAGACCCUGCAGGAAUUGCGGCUAUCUUGGGCAGCGCACCCGUCACGGAGCUACCAGUUUCGGCCACCACAACAGCGUCUUCAGAGUUGCUAGAGACAACGACGGACGGGCUCGAGACAACAACCGCUUUGCCCGAUCUCGGCGAAGUAUCAACGACAGAAGCGACUCCUGACGCAGAUAGCUCUCCAAUUCGCAGCCAGAUCCUCCAGGAGGACCCCCUUCCGGAAGAGAAAGAGGAAGCUGCAGAGGCAGUCGAGCGGCCCGGCCGAAGGGGCCUUUUCCGACGUGUGCGCCCGGCGGAGACUGAAACUGCCUUGGGCACGGCAGCCGAUGGCUCUGAUGUCGAGGAGGACGGUCGCGAAAGACAGUUCCGGCGUCUGCGCCCUGUCGGCGGCCGGAACGUUCUCCGCUUGAGGCGCCCAGGCCGUCCGAGUGAGCCCGUCACGGAACUGCCUCCUACAGUCGCCACAACAGCCUCUGCCGAAUCGCUAGAGACAACGACUGACGGACUCGUGAUCGAGAGCACGACCAUUCUGCCAGAUCUCGGCGAAUUGUCGACGACAGAACAGGUUCCUGACACGGACAGCCCUCCCGUUCCUAGCCAGGUCCUCCAGGAAGACCUCCAGAGGAACCGCUGCCAGUAG